ACCAGUGGUACCUCAACUGAUCAUGGUGGUGACUUACGCUUCAUAUUUGACACUUGUGGUUACUCUUCCACCUGACUCUUCAGAUGAUGAGGAAUUAAACCAACCAUAACUGCCAGUAUGGAGAGUCAAAUUGCAGAAAAUGUCCCGGUCCAAGAGAUACUGCUGGAACUGUCAAGCAAAAUUAGCACAAAACUGCAGUGCAAAUUUAAUAUAAAUUGCACUGCUGUCUGGGAGGGAGCCAGGCGAGGCUUCCAAAGGGUAUCCUACGACCCCGACUUGAUGAUCUGUGUAAAAUUCUCAGAUGACAUGGGGAGAAAUGAAGGAGUUGAUUUAGGAAGACCAAGAAGGGAAUUCUUAAGGCUGCUGAAGGAGACUAUUGCUAAGUCACCCAUGUUUGAGGGAAAAGAAAACGGCAAGAACUUGGCUCUUGACAGUAAUGCUCUAAGACAGGACUGGUACUACAUUGCUGGCAAAGCCAUUGCAGUGAGCUUGGUACAUGGCGGUCCACCACCAAACUUCCUCUCAACAAGAGUAUAUUGUCUUCUGGUCAAUGGUUCAGCAAAACUAGAAGACAUAGCUGACACAGAACUCUUGGAAAAAGUAAAAAAGAUUCUGUGAAGGACCGAAAACUCUUGGGGUUCUGGACCAAAUACGACGACAUCCAGACAGCUUUCAACCCCUGUUCUGCUAUGAGCCGAACACACUGACUGCUGACCAGGUGGUUGAUCUUUUCAGCAAUCGUCUCUCUCCAGAAGGGAGCAACAAGAGAGCUGCUGAGAAGAUGGUCGUUACUUUCUGGAGGGACUAUCUCCAGGACGCAGAAGAAGAAGAAGGGCCAUCCAAACUAGAGAAGAUAUUGUCCUUCACAACUGGAGCAUCAGUGGUACCACCUAUCGGCUUUUCCCGAACUCCUUCUGUCCAGUUCAUUCACAAAGGAGAUGAUGGCUUCUCUACAUCAAUGUUCCCUCUUGCCAACACGUAUUGACUGCAUUGAGUUGCCACUACAUGUGUCUUACCAACUGUUCAGGGAGAAGUUUGAAUUAGGAAACACAUAUGGGUUUGGCAGGGCAUGAACAUGUCAUGCUCUGAAAACUUUGUGUCUCACUUUCUGUUUGUCUCUACCUUUCUGCUUGUGUCUGUUUUCUGAAAUAAGUUAACAACAAGAGAGUUAUUAUUUUCAUUUCUGAAUGCCAUAUGCAAUAUAACUUAUGUAUUUUAUAU